AUGGAUGCUGCGGGAAGGGGCUGCCAUUUGCCGCCCCUGCCAGCGGCGCGCAGACCUGUUCGCUCUCCGGCGGUGGCGGCCGCCGUCAGCGCCGUUCGUCUGUCCGGCUUCUGCAGCGGCGCCGCCUCGGCUCCCUCCGCGGCCGCCGGAGCGGUCGCCAUGAACCCGAGCUCCUCGGCGGCAGAGGAGAAGGGGGCAACGGGCGGCAGCAGCAGCAGCGGAAGCGGCGCCGGGAGCUGCUGCCUGGGCGCCGAGGGAGGUGCGGACCCGAGGGGCGCGGGGGCAGCGGCGGCGGCUGGGGCCGCUGCCCUGGAAGAGCCCGGGGCCGCCGGCCCGAAAGAGAAGGACGAGGCGCUGGAGGAGAAGCUGCGGAACUUAACUUUCCGGAAGCAGGUCUCUUACAGGAAAGCAAUCUCCAGGGCGGGCCUGCAGCACCUGGUUCCUGCACAUCCCCUCAGCCUUCCUGUGGCAAACGGGCCAGCGAAGGAGCCCAGAGCGACUCUGGACUGGAGCGAAAAUGCCGUGAAUGGAGAGCACCUGUGGCUGGAGACCAACGUCUCGGGAGACCUGUGCUACCUGGGGGAGGAGAACUGCCAAGUCAGAUUUGCAAAAUCAGCUCUCAGGAGGAAGUGUGCGGUCUGUAAGAUCGUCGUCCACACCGCCUGCAUCGAACAGCUAGAAAAGAUUAAUUUCCGAUGUAAACCAACAUUUCGAGAAGGGGGCUCAAGAUCACCAAGAGAAAAUUUUGUGCGUCAUCACUGGGUACACAGGCGUCGGCAGGAGGGAAAAUGUAAGCAGUGUGGUAAGGGCUUCCAGCAAAAAUUCUCCUUCCACAGUAAAGAGAUUGUGGCUAUCAGCUGUUCCUGGUGCAAGCAGGCGUUUCACAAUAAGGUGACCUGCUUCAUGCUGCAUCAGAUUGAGGAACCCUGCUCCCUGGGGGCUCACGCUGCUGUUAUUGUCCCGCCCACCUGGAUCAUUAAGGUGAAGAAACCUCAGAACUCGCUGAAGGCUUCAAAUCGGAAGAAGAAGAGAACAAGCUUUAAAAGAAAAGUCAGUAAAAGAGGAACUGAAGAAAACAAAGGUCGUCCUUUUGUGAUAAAACCUAUCUCUUCUCCUCUCAUGAAACCUUUGCUUGUGUUUGUGAACCCUAAGAGUGGAGGCAACCAGGGAACCAAGGUCCUGCAGAUGUUCAUGUGGUACCUGAAUCCACGGCAAGUCUUCGAUCUUUCUCAGGAAGGACCAAAAGAUGCGCUUGAAUUAUAUAGGAAAGUACCAAAUCUGCGGAUUCUGGCCUGUGGUGGGGAUGGAACGGUGGGCUGGAUCCUUUCCAUUCUGGAUGAACUGCAGCUGAGCCCUCAGCCUCCGGUUGGGGUCCUUCCUCUGGGGACUGGGAACGACCUGGCUCGAACUCUCAACUGGGGAGGGGGCUACACUGAUGAACCUGUGUCUAAGAUCCUUUGCCAAGUAGAAGAUGGGACAAUUGUACAGCUAGAUCGCUGGAACCUCCAUGUGGAAAGAAACCCAGACUUGCCUCCAGAAGAACUUGAAGAUGGCGUGUGUAAGCUUCCUCUGAGUGUUUUCAAUAAUUACUUCAGCCUCGGAUUUGAUGCCCACGUCACACUGGAGUUCCAUGAAUCCAGAGAAGCAAAUCCAGAGAAAUUCAACAGUCGUUUUCGAAAUAAAAUGUUCUAUGCAGGGGCAGCUUUUUCUGAUUUCCUCCAGAGAAGCUCUAGAGAUUUAUCCAAGCAUGUUAAAGUUGUCUGUGAUGGAACAGAUCUCACCCCAAAGAUUCAGGAACUGAAGUUCCAGUGUAUAGUAUUUUUAAAUAUACCCAGAUAUUGUGCUGGCACAAUGCCUUGGGGGAACCCAGGAGAUCACUAUGACUUUGAACCUCAGCGUCAUGAUGAUGGUUAUAUUGAAGUCAUUGGAUUCACCAUGGCCUCUUUGGCUGCCCUGCAAGUCGGGGGCCACGGAGAGAGGCUGCACCAGUGUCGGGAGGUCAUGCUGCUAACUUACAAAUCCAUCCCCAUGCAAGUGGAUGGGGAGCCCUGUAGGUUGGCCCCGGCUAUGAUUCGGAUCUCAUUGAGGAAUCAGGCCAACAUGGUACAGAAGAGCAAGAGAAGGACGUCCAUGCCUUUACUCAAUGAUCCCCAGUCUGUCCCAGACCGUCUGAGGAUCCGGGUGAACAAAGUCAGUUUACAAGACUAUGAAGGAUUCCACUAUGACAAAGAGAAACUCCGGGAAGCUUCCAUCCCUCUGGGUAUUCUAGUUGUGCGUGGAGACUGUGAUUUGGAGACUUGCCGUAUGUACAUAGAUCGCCUGCAGGAGGACCUGCAGUCAGUUUCUUCUGGCUCCCAGAGAGUUCAUUACCAGGACCACGAAACCUCCUUCCCCAGGGCGCUCUCAGCUCAGAGACUCUCCCCACGGUGGUGCUUUCUAGAUGCUACUUCUGCUGAUCGCUUUUAUCGAAUAGACAGAUCUCAGGAACAUUUGCACUUUGUGAUGGAGAUUUCUCAGGAUGAGAUUUUUAUUCUGGACCCAGAUAUGGUGUUGUCACAGCAGGCAGGGACACCCCCAGGAAUGCCUGAUCUGGUGGUGGAGCAAGCGUCCGGAAUGACAGACUGGUGGAAUCCUGCCCUCCGGAAACGCAUGCUGAGUGACAGUGGGCUGGGAAUGAUAAGUCCGUAUUACGAAGAAGACUCACAUCUGAAAGAUUUCAGCCACUCCCGAGUGCUACAGUCACCAGUCUCUUCAGAAGAUCACGCAAUUUUGCAGGCAGUCAUAGCUGGUGAUCUUAUGAAGCUAAUAGAAAGCUAUAAAAAUGGAGGCAGCCUGCUAAUUCAGGGACCAGACCACUGUUCACUUCUUCACUACGCAGCUAAAACCGGCAACGGGGAGAUUGUGAAAUAUAUCCUUGACCACGGACCUUCUGAGUUAUUGGAUAUGGCAGACAGCGAAACGGGUGAGACCGCACUGCACAAGGCAGCUUGCCAGCGGAACCGGGCUGUGUGCCAGCUUCUGGUGGACGCAGGAGCAUCUCUGAGAAAGACAGACUCCAAGGGUAAGACACCUCAAGAAAGAGCACAGCAGGCCGGGGACCCGGAUUUGGCAGCCUACCUAGAAAGCCGCCAGAACUAUAAGAUCAUUGGCCAUGAGGACCUGGAAACUGCUGUUUGACCCUGGUAGACAGGCUGAGAGAAUCUGAACGAGCAUAUCACCUGUGCCCUCCUGGUGACCGGGCAGCUCCCCUGGAAGAAGCUGAUGGAAUCCAUAAAUCUGUCUCUCUCCUGCAAGAAUCUAUCUGAGACCAUGCCACCAGUUUUAAGGGCUACCAAGAUGUACAACAGAACAUGAUAGCCCACUGAGGACGAGGCAGGAUACCUGGAGAUUUGUGGAAUACAGAUUCCACAAAAUUCGAUCCUUAUUGCUUCCAGCAAGUAGCAUGAACUUCUGUGUUCACCUGUAUAAUUUAUUUUAAAGAUUCAAGGAUGUUUGUAUAAAUGGCACUGCUCCCUCCACCCCCUAUGCAUUCACCUUUCCCCUGUACCACACAAUCCUCCUGUAAUGACCCAUCAAUUUAAAAAAUAUGAUCGGUUCUCUUUACAUUCAGCCUUUGGAGACCAGAAGACUCUGAAGGUCUUUUCAAACCCUCUGGCUGUCCUGCAAAAAUAUAACUGUCAGACCGCUUCCAUUUCCAAGACUAAAUAUACCGAGACUACUUAGUGACCUUUUGCAUGUCUCCUCUCCCUCCUUAAUCCCUUUUCGUUAUACAGGAGCUGGGGAGUGCCACUAAAAUAAUGUCAGCUUGUGUGCAAUAUCUCUGAGGUUUGGCAAGGUGGCAUGGGAGUUGUCUGGGCUCAGAGGUACCUCAGAGAGGGGACCCAGGGGUCAACGCAGGUGGCAGGGCUGUUGCCCAUAGCCACGGAGGACCGGUUCAGCUUGGGCUGUUGGUCCAGCUCCGUACUGCCUACAUGUAGCCAUCUUUGCCUUUUGCUGCAAUAGAGAUGAGCAAUGGAUUCAACAAAGGCCCAUAGCUAGUUUGCAGAACCACUCAAUUUUAAGUGCUGCUGAAAUUGCAGAGCAGAAAACCAUGUGUGGGAACUGUGGUUACAGGAAAUGGAGCACUACGCCAGCGUUUACUUUUAGGCUUUUUUGACUGAUAAUAGAAAGCAGGCUAAUCGACUGGAAAUAAAACAGCAAAAGCAAAAGUAGCAACAUAUGUCAAAAUAACUCACUUAAGCAAGAAGACAGUCGCUGGAAUGUUGC